GCGGUCGCAGAGGCUGCGGUGCGGCCUGUCGUCUGGCUCUCGUCUUCCGUUCACCGCCCACCGCUCGCCCCUUCCCGGGGAGGGGGAGAAUCCGGAUUUCAAAUUUGAAGGAAAGAAAAUAGUUGCAAGCAUGUCUAAGAUUGAAAAGAUGAGCAUUUUGGGCGUGAGGAGUUUUGGAAUAGAGGAUAAAGAUAAACAAAUUAUCACUUUCUUCAAUCCCUUGACAAUUUUGGUUGGACCCAAUGGUGCAGGCAAAACAACUAUCAUUGAAUGUUUGAAAUAUAUUUCUACUGGAGAUUUUCCCCCUGGCACUAAAGGAAAUACAUUUGUCCAUGACCCAAAGGUUGCUCACGAAACAGAUGUUCGAGCUCAGAUUCGCCUGCAGUUUCGCGAUGUGAAUGGGGAACUCGUUGCUGUCCAGCGAUCCAUGGUGUGUACUCAGAAAGGGAAAAAAACGGAAUUUAAAACCCUGGAGGGAGUCAUUACCAGGUCAAAGCAUGGUGAAAAGGUUAGCAUCAGCUCAAAAUGUGCAGAAAUUGACCAAGAGAUGAUCAGCUCAUUUGGGGUUUCCAAAUCGGUGCUCAACAAUGUCAUUUUCUGUCAUCAAGAAGAUUCAAAUUGGCCCUUAAGUGAAGGGAAGGCUCUGAAGCAAAAAUUUGAUGAGAUAUUCUCAGCAACAAGAUAUAUCAAAGCCUUGGAAACGCUUCGCCAGGUUCGGCAGACACAGAGUGUUCGGGUGAAGGAAUGUCAGACGGAACUGAAAUACCUAAAACAGAAUAAGGAAAAGGCCUGUGAAAUACAAGAUCAGAUUGCCAGUAAGGAAGCUCAGUUAACAACGUCUAAGGAUAUUGUCAAAACUUAUGAAAAUGACCUUGAUCCACUGAAGAACCGUCUAAAGGAAAUUGAACAGAACCUUUCCAAGAUACUGAAGCUUGACAAUGAAAUUAAAGCUCUGGAGAGUAGGAAGAAGCAAAUGGAAAAAGAUAACUGUGAACUGCAGCAGAAAAUGGAGAAGGUAUUUCAAGGGACCGAUGAUCAGCUAAGUGAUAUGUACCACAAUCAUCAGAGAACAGUAAGGGAGAAGGAGAGGAGAUUGAUAGACUGCCAGCGUGAGCUCGACAGAGUAAAUAAAGAGUCCAGAAUGCUCAAUCAAGAAAAAUCGGAGCUGCUUGUUGAACAGGGUCGAUUACAGCUGCAAGCAGAUCGUCAUCAACAACACAUCAGAGCCAGAGAUUCACUCAUCCAGUCUUUGGCCACCCAGUUAGAAUUAGAUGGGUAUGAACGAGCACCAUUCAACGAAAGGCAGAUUAACAGUUUCCACAAGCUUGUCAAGGAGAGACAAGAAAGAGAUGCUAAAACUGCUAAUCAAGUCAUGAAUGACUUCAUCGGAAAAGAAACCAUGAAACAAAAACAGAUUGAAGAAAUAAGGGAUAAGAAAACAGGACUGGAAAGAGUCACUGAGCUAAAAGCAGAAAUUCAGAGUAAGAAACAGACCGAGUUGAAAAAUGUGAAAUAUGAACUUCAGCAACUGGAGGGGUCUUCGGACAGGGUUCUCGAGCUGGAUCGUGAGCUUGGAAAAGCUGAACGUGAAUUAGGCAAAGCUGAGAAAAACAGCACCAUAGAAGCUCUGAAAAUAGAAGUGUCGGGCCUUCAGGGCGAGAGAGUCGACCUGGACAGGGUCCUACGAAAACUGGACCAAGAGAUGGAGCAGCUAAACAUGCACACCACCACACGAACCCAAAUGGAGAUGCUGACAAAAGACAAAGCUGACAAAGAUGAACAGAUCAGAAAAAUAAAGUCUAGGCACAGUGAUGAGUUAACUACACUGAUAGGAUAUUUUCCCAACAAGAAACAACUUGAAGACUGGCUUCAUAGUAAAACUAAAGAGAUUAAUCAGACAAGGGACAAACUUGCCCAAUUUAACAAAGAACUAGCUUCAGCAGAACAAAAUAAAAACCACAUCAGCAGUGAGCUAAGGCAAAAAGAAGAGCAGUUGAACAGUUAUGAAGAAAGGUUGCUUGAUGUUUGUGGUAGUCAAGAUUUUGAAAGUGGCUUGGUCAAACUUAAGGAGGAAAUUGAAAAAAGCUCCAAACAGCGAGCAAUGCUCGCUGGAGCCGCAGCCGUUUACUCCCAGUUUAUUAUUCAGCUAAAAGAUGAAAACCAAUCGUGUUGCCCAGUGUGCCAGAGAGUCUUCCAGACAGAGGCGGAAUUACAAGAUGUGAUUAGUGACUUGGAAUCCAAGCUGCGUCUUGCUCCCGACAAACUGAAGUCCACGGAAUCUGACCUGAAGAAAAAAGAAAAAAGACGUGAUGAAAUGGUGGGACUUAAACCAGUAAGGCAGCAUAUAUUAGAGUUGAAAGAAAAGGAGAUACCAGAAUUAAGAAACAAACUACAGACCCUAAACCGGGACAUUCAGCGCCUCAAAUGUGACGUAGAAGAACAAGAGACCGUCCUAUGUACCAUAAUGCCUGAAGAAGAAAGUGCUAAAGCCUGUUUAACAGAUAUUACAAUUAUGGAAAGGGUCCAGAUGGAACUUAGGGAUGUGGAAAGAAAAAUAGCACAACAGGCUGCUAAAUUACACGGAGUUGAUUUAGAUCGAACUGUUCAGCAAGUUAACCAAGAAAAACAGGAAAAACAGCACAAACUGGAUACUGUUUCCAGUAAAAUGGAAUUGAAUCGUAAGCUAAUACAGGACCAGCAGGAACAGAUUCAAGGCCUGAAAAGUACAGUAAAUGAUCUUAAAUCAGAGAAACUCCAAAUCUCCAGUAACUUGCAAAGACGUCAGCAACUAGAGGAGCAGACAGUGGAAUUGUCCACUGAAGUUCAGUCCUUACACAGAGAGAUAAAAGAUGCUAAGGAACAGCUAUUUCCUUUGGAAGCUACUCUAGACAAACUCCGACAGGAGAAAGAAGAAUUAAUCGACAAAAAGAACACGAAUAAUAAAAUAGCACAAGAUAAGUUAAACGAUAUCCAAGAAAAGAUUAAAAAUAUCCGUAGCCACGUGAAAGACAUUGAGGAUUACAUUCAAGAUGGAAAAGAAAACUAUAAACAGCAAAAAGAAUCUGAGCUAAAUAAAGUAGCAGCUCAAAUCAGCGAGUGUGAAAAGCAAAGGGAAAAAAUAAAUAAUGACAUGGGAACAAUGAGACAAGAUAUCGAUACGCAAAAAAUACAAGAAAGAUGGCUUCAGGAUAACCUUACUUUAAGGAAAAGAAAUGAAGAGCUGAAAGAAGUCGAAGAAGAAAGAAAGCAGCUUUCGAAAGAAAUGGGACAGAUGCAAGUUUUGCAGUUGAAAACGGAGCAUCAAAAGCUAGAAGAAAAGAUAGAAACUCUGAAGAGAAACCUCAGUUUGGCAUUAGGGCGACAGAAGGGUUAUGAGGAAGAGAUCAUUCAUUUUAAGAAAGAACUUCGAGACCCUCAGUUCCGGGACGCAGAAGAAAAGCACAGAGAAAUGAUGAUUGUUAUGCGAACGACAGAGCUUGUGAACAAGGACCUGGACAUCUAUUACAAGACUUUGGAUCAAGCAAUAAUGAAAUUCCAUAGCAUGAAAAUGGAGGAAAUCAACAAAAUCAUUCGUGAUCUCUGGCGAACUACUUAUCGAGGUCAAGAUAUUGAAUAUAUUGAAAUUCGGUCGGAUGCAGAUGAGAAUGUAUCAGCUUCUGACAAAAGGCGAAGUUAUAACUAUCGAGUAGUAAUGAUAAAAGGAGAUACUGCCUUGGAUAUGCGAGGAAGAUGCAGUGCCGGGCAAAAGGUGCUAGCUUCCCUCAUUAUUCGCCUGGCGUUGGCAGAAACAUUCUGUCUGAACUGUGGUAUUCUUGCCUUGGAUGAACCAACGACUAAUCUGGAUCGAGAAAACAUUGAGUCUCUCGCACAUGCUCUGGUUGAGAUAAUAAAAUGCCGUUCACAGCAGCGCAACUUUCAGCUUCUUGUCAUCACCCACGACGAAGAUUUUGUGGAGCUCUUGGGUCGUUCUGAGUACGUGGAGAAAUUUUACAGGAUCAAAAAAAACAUCGACCAGUGUUCAGAGAUUGUGAAAUGCAGUGUCAGUUCCUUGGGCUCGUAUGUCCAUUAGAAUUUUCUGGAACCAGUUUCCCUUGGUGAGAGACUACUUUUUUUCUCACAGUUGCUCGAUAUUUGCCCUUACCAACGAUACUUUGCUUAGAGUUCAGGCAUCUCAUCUGUUUUUCAACCUAGUCUGGUAACACAAAGAUUACGCAGUCAUGUGAGGCUUUGUAGCUAACUUUUUUGAAUGUCAGCUUUUUGUAUGUAAUAAAUUCCAUUGUGAUUUGGA